CGCCGCAUUUGAUUCAUUUGAUGCGCCUGGUUCUGGCGCUCUUUUCGUCUCCAGUAUAAGGCUGCUUUUCUCUCUACAGGGUCUUCUUCUUUUAAUCUAGGGCUUCUCUCUCUCUCUCGAGAGGAAUUUUAUUUUCCUUAUGAUGCAGAAGCUUAAUUCUUCUGGUUUGAGGUCUCUGGAUCAGUUCACAUCACUACCUGGAACUUCGAGAUUCUUCAAUAACCCUUCACGAUCUUCUCACGAAGUUGCAUCAGUAGGAAGUUUUGCAAAUCUUAAGCUUACUGCAGAGAAGCUGGUUCACGAUCAAGCCUGCGCCAAAACAGACCUUGAAUUUGCAAACUCAAAGCUGAAAAAGUUUGCAGAGCAGAUUCAUGCUUUGGAGGCAAAAUUACAAGACGCAAGCAAUGAAAAUGCAAAACUUAAAGUCAAACAGAAAGAAGACUCAAAGCUUUGGAAUGGAUUGGAUUCAAAACUCUCUUCAACUAAGACACUAUGUGAUCAACUCACUGAAACUCUGCAGCACUUGGCUGGUCUUGUUCGAGGAGCUGAGGAAGAUAAAAAAUUCUUUGAGGAUAAGCUGUUAGAGAACUCAAAAGCUUUUGAUGGUUUGCAUUUCCAAUUGAAGGACUUUUCUUUGAAAUUGGAUUCUGCUGAGGAAAGAAUCAGACAUGGGAAACAUGAGUUGGACACGCUCAAAAGAGAGAAGGAAGAAAUGGAAAGAUCUUACAUUGAUGAGCUUCAAUCGAAAGGCAUGCUUGUAAUCGAUAAAGAUGCUGCCAUCAAACAGUUAGAAGCAACUGUUACUGAAGAUAAAAUAAGCUUGCAGAGUCUUGGCUGUCAGCUUCAGGACACACAGAAAGAGUUAAGCAUGAAAGAUGAUGCAUGUAAUAGCCUCAAAGCCACCAACGGUACCUUAGAGGAAGAUAAGAUCAAUCUGCAGUUUAAAUUCCAAGAUUGUGAGAGAAGGUUACUGGAAUCCAGCAUUGAGUUGAAGAAUUUCAAAAACGAAGCAAACAGUUUGGCCAAGAAGAUAGCUGAGCUUGACAAAGUCAGCAGAACAACUUCAGAUUAUGUCAUUCAACUGUCCUCUUCUUGGGAUACUUGUUACAGUAUGGUUCAACAGGAGAAGUCCCUUACUGCAAAGUGUGCCCAACUCAAAUUUGACAAACUCCAUGCCCAGUUUGUGGAUGUAACAUUGGCGAAUGGAGUAUUGCGUUCAGAAGUGGAAGGCUUGAAAAAUCAAAUCACAGAGCUCCAAAAAUCCAAAAGGGCCCUGGUUCUGCAGCAUGAUGAGGCAAACAAGUUGGCAGAGGAAAAAAUGCAAAGAUCUCAGCUUGUUAUUGAGAGUCUUACAUCAGAGAAGAUUGGGUUGGAGGUGUCUAUUACUAACUUAGAGGCUAAAGGUGCAAGUUUAGCUGAAACUUUGGGUGAAAUUGAUAAGCAAAAGCAAGAUUUGGUGCUUAAAAUGUCGCAAUUGGAGUCACAGAAUCUAGAUAUAAAAGAAAAGGCGGAGUCUAUGUUACAUGAGAAGAUGGAGGAAAUUGAAACUCUUCAGAAGGAAAUUACUGAGAGUGGUACUCAGGUUAAGUCACUGGAGGAUCAAAUACGCAAUCUCCUUCAAGCUUUGGAUGAGAAAGACCAGCUUCAUCUGCAGUUUCUAGAACGAGAGAAGCAUUUGGAAGAUCAGAGAUUGGAGAUGCAGGCGUCACUUGCUGCUGCAGAAUGCUCCCUCACAGAUGCUAAAAAACAAUAUGAUUUGAUGCUAGAGGGUAGACAGCUGGAGCUAAUUAAACAUUUGAAGGAAAUAUCUCAAAGAAAUGACCAGGAAAUCAAUGACAUCCGAAGGAAAUAUGAGAUGGAGAAACAGGAGAUCCUUAACAUGGAGAAAGAGAAGGCAGCUAAACUUCUUGAAGAAAUGGAAAGAACUUGUGAAAAAAGAAUUGCAGAAAAUAAAGAGGAAGUACAGCACAAUCUACAGACUUUUCAAGAGGAACACAACUCAUUGAUUAAACAAAUUCAGCAAGAGUACAAUAACAAAGAACUGGCUCUUAAAGCUCAGAAAAGUGACGAAAUAAAGAGAUUGCAGAUUCACUCUGAAAAUGAAUUGAGAGAGAAAACCAUGUUGCUGAGGAAAGAAAACGAAUCUCAGAUAAAAGCUUUGAGACAUCAGCACAUGGAUGAACUUAAAACACUCCAAGAGGAACUUGAGCUUCAGAAGUCAAAGGAAGAAAAGCAGAGGGCUUUGUUACAAUUGCAGUGGAAGGUAAUGGAUGACAAUCAACAACACGAGGGUCUUGAAGUGAACUCAAAGAAGGAAUACUCUGUUUCGUCAAUCAAGAAGAAAGAUAGUGGUGGUUCAAAAGGACACCAUCUUGAUACGACGAGACAUAACAAUGAAGGGGAGGUUGUGAACUUUAUGGGAUCAAUGCGCACACCUGUCCUGAGUUUAUCGCAGAAAGUAGAGAAAGGCAAGGGUGAGAAUAUAAGGAAUAUUCCUAAGCAUAGGAAGGUGACACGGCAUGAAUAUGAAGUUGAAACCACUAAUGGGAGAACAAUCACAAAGCGCAAAAAAACCAAGAGCACUGUCAUGUUUGCGGAUCCAUCAACGCAUAAAAAGAUGAAAAUGAGGACUCCUAAUACUGAGAAGCAUUCAAUGACACUACGAAAGGGAAUCAAAGAUGAUCAUCCAAUUUCCUCACCUAUUGGUGACUUGUUCAAGGAGGGAUCUCUGGAUCCUUAUGCCGAUGACCCCUAUGCAUUUGACUAAGUGCAGCUUUUUUUGUUUUCGGCAUGACAAUAAUCCCCUCAGAAAGCAUGGUAUGAUGCUCGAAAGCUUUUCUUUGUGAAGAAACGGCGCUGUUGUAUGAAUACCACGGAAUGACUUUGACAUCUGUUGUUGGUCUCAUGCUUCAGAUUGGAAGUGGAAAUGGAGGCGGUUGGCAUUUUGUGAAGACUAAGAAGAUGGUAUUCAAUAUUAUAAUUGAAGAUUUCAGGAUCAUACGAGAAGGUAUUAUUGGAAAAUGAAAUCAAACAAUGAGUAUUGAAAUGACCGCAAAGGGGAGGGAGCUGGGGUUUUUAAAUGAAUUUGGCACUUUCUGCCUGCAUUUGAUGGGGGUCUUCAUGUAAGAGUAUGUUUCUGGUCACACGUCAAUCAUAUUCAAUACUUCAUUGAACCUGUGUAAUUCUCCAUCUUAUGAAAACUAACUAAUAUGUGCUCCGUGUGAUGAAGCGUG